AUGAGGAAGACAUUGUUGCUUGUCUUCAUUCAUGGCUUCAAGGGUGGAGAUGAUACCUUUGGCACGUUUCCCGAACAUUUGCGCGUCCUCGCCAGCAGAGCACUGCCUGCAAUCGAGGUCGUCACGGCUGUUUAUCCGAAGUAUGAGACCAAAGGCGACCUAAAGAAAUGCGUAGCGAGAGUGCGGGACUGGCUGCAAGAUGUUGUGAUCGAUCUUGAAGUCGCCAACCAAACUGCAUCACCAACUGUCGAUCCCUCAGUCCAUGUUGUUUUGAUUGGUCACUCAAUGGGAGGAAUAGUUGGAGCGGAUGUACUCCGCUUGCUGGCAGAUGAGCAGCCCAUCCCCCGAAACCCAACCUCAGACAUACAGACCCAGUCCACGGGUGCUACGGAAACCAUCGUGGAGCCUGGAACUUUUAUGUUCCCUCACGUCCAAGGGGUGCUUGCAUUUGACACCCCGUUUUUGGGAAUAGCGCCUGGAGUGGUGUCAUACGGUGCAGAAGGGCACUACCGCAAUGCUACAACCGCCUACAAUACCAUAUCCGAGGUUGCAGGAUUAUUCGGUUAUGGCGGGAAGGGCAAUGCAUCGAAAGAGACUAAUCCUGCACCUCCGCAAGCGGAGGUCAAAAGCUUGCCUUCCACACCUGAUGCUGCCGCAACUCCUUCUUGGCAACGGUGGGGUAAGUAUGCUAUGUUUGCCGGCGCGGCUGGCGCUGUUGCCGCUGGCGGUGCAGCCAUGUAUACGCAGCGUCAGAAGCUCACCGAGGGAUUUGGAUGGGUAUCAUCGCAUCUUGAGUUUGUCGGUUGCCUCGCGCGCACACCGGAAUUGCACCAACGUAUUGCACACCUCUCCAAUGUGAAGGAGGAACGUGGAAUUGGGUGUUUGAAUUUCUACACAUGCCUUGGGAAAGGUGCGACGAGUCUGGUCCAAAACACAUCGACCAGCAAAACAUCGUUUAGUCAGAAAAUCAUCCGGUCGAAGAACAGGACGUUUUGUACGUUGCCAGAGGAAGUGGAAAAUGGCCAGGACUCUAGCAAUCCAGGCCUUUUGUGGACCAGGGCUGUUAACGACCGGGCUACCGACGAGACCGACGCGCACACCACCAUGUUUUUGUCAAAACAGAACCCUGCAUUUUUCACAAUGCUCAACGAAGCAUGCGUGGCCUUGGUCAAAAUGAUAGACAAGGGUUGGUAUGAAUCUUCCACAGAACUAGCCAAGGAAGAUCCUACCAAGCAAUCGAAUGCAACCCAGAACACAGAAGGUCGAACCGGAGACUCCACGGAUAGUGACGACGUUAUUGUCGUUGACUGA